ACUGUGACUGGAUUAGAGCACAACACAGCAGCACAGCAUUACAGCAGUGUGAGCCAGUGGGACUACAGCUUUUUCUCCGUCAGUACUGUUAAAGGGCUGGACAGUUUUGUUUUGUUUUGUUUUUGCUUGGAUUAGUUCCAGGAACCUUUCAUUCACUUCUAGACAUCUGGACAGGACUGGACUGGACUGCGGCGAAACGAGCCAAGAGUGAGGCAGAAAUCCAGCAGACGAUCAGAGAGAGAGAGAGAGAGAGAGGCUUCUGGAGCAGCAGCAGCUUUAACAGAUACCCCGCACUCUUGCCUCACUAAAAGGUGAAGGACAAGGCUGACCUUCACCAGCAAUGGAGGACACACUCACCUGCAGCCCCGCCACCUUCUCCCAGGUGUUUGGACGCCAGGGACAGCUCAUGCAAGCCACCGUGCAAUCCCUGAACAGUCUGAAUGACCAAAUCGCCCACUUCAUGGUGAACAGGCCAAAUGCUCUGAGUCAUGAGGAUGAUGCAUUUUUGCCCAGUGAGAAGGACACUCUGAGACAGAGCAUGGCUCUAAUGAGACACCUGCUGAUGGACGCACAGGGUAAAAUCCUGAAGAUGAUGGAGGACAAUAAGCAGCUGGCCCAGCGGAUCGAUGGAGCCAUCCAGUCGGCCAGCCAGGAAGUGACCAACCUGCGGUCCGAGCUUUCUGCCACCAGCCGCAGACUGGCUGAACUGGGGGCUAGCAGUGUGGAGAACAACCAGCACAACCACCACACACACGCGCAUGAUCCAGUUGUCCACCACAGACAGAAGACUGUGGUGUCCGAUAUCUGCUUCCAGACGGAUAUGUCCAGCCUCAUGGACUUCAGUACGCCGGACUCCUCGCUCGACAAAGUGCUACUGAGGGAGGAAGUGGCUCAGCUGCAGGAGGAAGUGCACCUCCUGAGGCAGAUGAAGGAGAUGUUGAGUAAAGACCUCGAAGAGUCUCAGGGCUGUUCGGCUAACACACUGUCGGCUGCAGAGCUCCGGGUGCAGCUUGGAGAGAAGGAGCAGGAGUUGGACCGAGCCAAAGAGGCCUUACAAGCAAUGAAGGGUGACCGUAAGAGGUUAAAGGUGGAGAAAGCUGACCUGGUGAACCAGAUGCAGCAGCUUUACACCACUCUGGAGAGUCGUGAGGAGCAGCUCCGAGACUUCAUCAGAAACUACGACCAGCACAGAAAGGAAAGCGAGGAUGCGGUGAAAGCUCUAGCUAAAGAGAAGGACCUGCUGGAGAGGGAGAAGUGGGAUUUGCGGCGGCAGACCAAAGAAGCCACAGAGCACGCUAACCUGCUACGAUCACAGAUUGAUAUGAAGGAGAACAGGAUUAAAGAGCUGGAGGCAGAGCUUACUAUGGCGAAGCAGUCUCUAGCUACCCUGACUAAAGAUGUUCCGAAGCGUCAUUCUCUGGCCAUGCCCUCGGAGCCGGUGGUGAAUGGCAGUCAGGAGUGGGUGAUGCAGGCUGAACUUCCACUGACUGCAGCAAUCAGACAGAGCCAGCAAACACUGUACCAUUCACACCCUGCAGACAGACAAGCUGCAUUGCGGAUCAGCCCCUGUCAUUCCCGUCAGCCCUCCAUCCUCUCGGAUGCCUCAGCGGCCGAUGGUGACCGCUCGUCCACACCCAGCGACAUUAACUCACCGCGGCACCGGACACACUCCCUCUGCAAUUCCAUGGAGGAUCUCGAGGACCAGAAGCGUAAGAAAAAGAAGGAGAAGAUGAGUCUGGGGUCACUUUCUCGAGUGUUUGCCCGGGGCAAGUCCCAGCGCAAGUCUCUGGACCCUGGCCUGUUUGAUGACUCGGACAGCCUGUCAAGCCUGACGCAGCCCAGCCUGUCAGAUGGCGAGGAGCAGCUGGAGCGGCUGCAGCAGGCCGAGAUCACCCGCACCAGGCCCAUAUCACUGUGGAAGGCUGGAACCGUCCAGGCCUGGCUUGAGGUUGUCAUGGCAAUGCCCAUGUACAUCCGGGCCUGCUCUGAGAAUGUGAAGAGUGGAAAGGUCCUGCUGGGGUUGACAGAUGAGGAUCUGGAGGUGGGAUUGGGAAUCACCAGCCCGAUGCACCGCCGGAAACUCAGACUGGCCAUUGAGGAUUAUAGAGAGGCAGAAAACGGAGCAGGGCUGUCCAAAGCAGCAGACAUGGAUCAUCAGUGGGUGUGUAAGACAUGGCUGAGUGACCUUGGCCUGCCUCAGUAUUCGCAGUUGUUCCAGAACCAGCUUGUGGACGGCCGGGUUUUGGGAUCCCUCACCCGACGGGACCUAGAGACCAUCUUCAACAUCAACAACAAGUUCCACAUAACCAGCCUGCAAUCAGGAAUACAGCUGCUGCAGAUGCUCAGCUUCGAUAAAGAGGUUCUGCACAGCCGGCGUGUUCAGUGUGAGCAGCAGGAUGUGGACCCUGUGGUGUGGACCAGCCAGAGGGUCAUUAAAUGGGUCAGAGACAUCGACCUAAAGGAAUAUGCUGACAGCCUCCAGAACAGUGGGGUCCAUGGAGCUGUGAUGGUAUUGGAUCCGUCCUUCAGUGCAGAAAGCAUGGCCAAAGCCUUGGAGAUCCCCAACAACAAACAUAUGAUCCACCGGCAUCUGUAUGAGGAGAUGAAGGUACUGCUGAACCCGGCAAGGACCAAUCAGAAUCAGGAGUAUAACCGUAAGGAAGGAACGCCCACACACUCACCAGCCUCCAGCUGUCGCUAUGCUGAAGAGCGGGUCACUCUCAGGCCCAGAUCAGGCAAGAGCCCCUUGAGAUUCAACCCCAAAAUCCCAGGUGGACGGGACCUUGGUUUCCAUGGUAACUGUGGGUCCUUGCCCAGAGAGGAGCGCAUCAAGGCCCUUCCAAGGUCAAAGGGCAGCCCCAUGCACGGCUACUCCAGCAUAGAGAUCACUAAUGUCUAGGAGCAGAGAAACCUGAGGAAAUAAAUGAAACAAAUGGCACUUCCCUGAAAGAAUAUGUUCAGGUCAUCGUUUUGGAUCUAAGAUUUGGUGACCAUAAACAAAAUCCGUGAGGACAUCUAAGGUUUUUUCACAAAACAAGAUUUCUCAAUAAGCUGAAAAUUUUGAUUCAAAAGCCAAAAAGGCUCUUUUUUAAUUGGACAGACUUGACAUUUUUCAAACCUAAGCUCUAUCUGCUGAGUCUCAAAUGCACAGUUACCAGACAUACCAGACAUUCAUCAUGUUUCCCACUACUCAGAAAAUAACAGAAAACUAUAUAUAUAUAUAUAGUAAUGCAAAUUGGAAACUAUAACAAUACCAGUGUUAUGAUAUAGACUAAAUGAAAGUCUUUCCAUAGCAGUUUUAUAAAGUUUUAUGAAACGUUUCGCCGCUGGACUAGCAACUCCAGUUAGUUUUACUUUCCUUGUGGUAGGGGUCAUGAAGUCCUGGAAGACCAGAACUCAGCACAGUUUGGUUAUUUGCCUGCUCAAUCACAUUAACUGAUAGACUGAUUCAUUAAGCUAGCUCUGGAAAAUUAGUCCCAUAUCUAUCAACAAAUCAUACAGAUUUACAGUUUAAUUUACAAAUAUGUUUGACUGAAGGAUUCGUGAGCAUGUUCUAUAAAACAUGUUUCACAAAAACAUUUCAUUAUGGACUUCAGCUACUACCCACUGGCCUCUGUUCAAAGUAUGUUUCAAGUCAACUGGUUUUCCUAUGUGUAGGGAGAUAUGUUGAAUUUUGUAUCUGUGGUAACUGACCAUAUGCUAAUAAAUGCAUCAGAUAGAAAUUAGAAGGCAGAGUAAGCCUUUCAUUUGGAAACUUAGGAAUUCUGCUUUGUGAAACACUUUCCUGCUCAGAUUGUGGUUUGUUUAUUGAUUUUAUUAUUUUUCACUUUUUACACAUUUUUAAAGCACCAAAUGUGCUUAGAAGGGAUUAUAAUGUGUAAAGUGUAAAUUCUCCAUUAAAGGUUUUAUGUAUAUUUCACCAAGAGAAGGAACAGAUGCUCUAUAUAUAUAAGUAUACAUAUAUAUUUAAAAAAUCAUAUACUUUGAUAGUAAUUAACAUAUUGCCACUCACAUAAGCUCAUUCUGACCCGAGGUCAGAUCCAGAUGGAAUUAAAAUCAGAUGCUCCAAUGUCCUUUCGCUAGCAUUAAUUAUGAACCCACUGUACUGUUCUGUAUUGUGUACACUUGACUGGGUUAAAAUAACAUAUUACAUGAUGAACAAGUAUGUGAGAUGGUGGUUUCACUGCAAAACAACAUGGAAUGUGAAAAUGUCUUAAAUCUAGUUAGUAUAUCUAAUAUUUGUGAUUAUGAGAUGGUUGUAAGAAUAAAAACAAUACUAUUAUUGAAUCUA